CAGAAGAAGCAGUAGAAGCGCGGAAGAAGUCUCAGUAUUUACAUUAGUGUAGCGUUAGCAUUGACAGUCUCGGCGUGUGCAGGGAAUCCACCCGGGAGCAUGAAGUCAUAGGUCGGGAAUUGGGUUAUUACGUAUAACUGCAUGACUCCUUGUAUUUAUAACAGUAUAUAAAAUAUACGUGGAUCGCUCCAGAAUCCAGAUCGGUUACUGAUGUUAUUGCGUCUCUGUUGAUAUUUCUUAGCUAAUUUCCUUCCCUAGAAGCUUUAGAGUUAGAUAGUUAGUUGUAGAUAAUGUCGAAAGCCGGGGCUGGAGCUGAGGCUGAUCCCAGGUCAGUCGUCUCGGAUCCACAACAUUCCCAAAAGCUUUUAAGAUCCCUGCGAUCCUUUAGAGAAGAUGGGAGUUUUCAGGACGCAGUUUUAGUCCUGGAAGGUGAAGAAAUCCCGGUGCAGAAAAAUAUCCUGGCAGCCGCGAGUCCUUAUAUCAGGACCAAGCUAAAUUACAACCCGCCCAAAGAGGAUGGAUCCACAUACACAAUCGAGCUGCAGGGCAUCUCAGUGCCCAUCAUGAAGCAGAUCCUGGACUACAUAUUCAGCGGAGAGAUCUCUCUGAGUGAGGACACAAUCCAGGACGUGGUGCAGGCUGCUGACAUGCUGCUCCUCACUGACCUCAAGUCACUGUGCUGUCAGUUCCUGGAGAGCUGCAUCACAGCGGAGAACUGCAUCGGCAUCCGGCUUUUCUCCCUGCACUAUUGCCUGCACCACGUGCACCACGUGGCUACCGAGUAUCUGCAGACCCACUUCAGGGACGUUGUGGACACGGAGGAGUUCCGUGAGCUGCCGCCCGAGCGCCUGUGUGAGCUGCUGGCCAUGGAGAAACUCAACGUAGGUAACGAGAAGUAUGUGCUGGAGGCCGUGGUGCGCUGGCUUGCCUACGACAUCGAGGCCCGUCGGGUGCACAUGAAGGAGGUGAUGUCUGCAGUGUGGGUACAGGGCUUAGACCAGAGCUACCUGCAGGAGCAGAUGGUGGGAGACCCGCUGAUGAGGGAGGUGAUCGGCGAGUGCUGCAUGGAGUCGUUAAGAGGUGCAGCGCAGCAAGGAGAGGCACUGCUCGCUGCUUUCAAACCCCGCGGCUACUCCGAGUGCAUCGUCGUUGCAGGGGGUGAGGACCGUGCCACUCGGACGCCGUCUGCAGUGACCCGCUGCAUGUGCCCUCUUUAUGAUCGGAACCGGCAGCUGUGGAUCGACCUGCAGCCCAUGAACGAGAGACGGAUCGGUCACGGGGUGGUUACUGCCGAUGGCUGCCUUUUUGCGAUUGGAGGAAUGGAUGAAAACAAGACUGUGUUGAGCAGUGGAGAGAAAUACGACCCAGAGAAUAACACCUGGACGCAUAUUCCCCCAAUGAACCAGGCAAGGCAGCACUUUUGUAUUGCUGAGAUGGAUGGACUCAUCUAUGUCCUGGGUGGGGAGAAUGAGGACACUGAAGUCCUCCUCACCAUGGAAGUAUUUGACCCUCACCUUAAUAACUGGACAUCCCAGACCAGCAUGACUACUGUCCGAAAGUUCGGUUGCUGCGCUACGAUGAAGAAGAAGCUGUAUGUCAUGGGAGGAGGGUCUUACGGGAAAAUUUAUGACUCGGUGGAAUGUUACGACCCCAAGACUCAGCAAUGGACUACACUCUGCCCUCUAAAGGAGAGGAGGUUUGGCGCCGUGGCAUGCGGUGUAGGUCAGGAGCUCUACGUGUUUGGAGGAGUGAGGAGCAGAGACGCAGACAACCCUGAGUCCAGCCAAAUGACUAUCUGCAAGUCUGAGUUCUUUCAUGAUGAGUUGAAAAGAUGGGUGCUGCUGGAUGAUCAGAACCUGUGCAUACACACCACAUCCUCAUUCGUAUAUGGAGCUGUUCCCAUUGGGGCCAGUAUAUAUGUGGUAGGAGAGCUGGACACAGGCACCAGUUACGACUACGUGCGAGAGUUCCGGCGCAGUACAGGCACAUGGCACUCGACUCGCCCCCUCCUGCCCUCGGACCUGUGUAAGAUCGGCUGUGCCGCUCUCCGCAUCGCAAACUGUAAGCUGUUCCGGCUGCAGCUGAAACAAGGCCUGUUCCGGAUCCGAGUGCCGUAACGUGCACAUCCACGCCCACGUAGUCAUCGUCUCUCUGCUUGCUGAUUGGGUCAAAUUUUUUGCCAAAAAAAAAAAAAAAAAAAAGCACAUGUGGCUCUUGGGGAAUCGCUGGAUUUGAGGCGAGGAAGCUGUGUAGGGACAUUUUGCCCACUCCAUUUUAUGUCUUUUUAAGGGAACGUGUCUUAUUUACUAUCUUUUCUUUCACUGUUAAGGGAUUUGAACGUCAUUUUGAUAUGAAGCAGCUGCUUGAGCUGCUUUUCUUAGUGUUAAAACUGUGGGGUUUGUUUUGUUUUGUUUUUUAGAGUGGACCACAGGUUGUUGCUUGUUGCUACUGCCUUUUACGCCAGCACUAACAAACAGCUCCGACGACUAGAUCACGAAGAGGAGGCAGCGUGACUGCCUUUUUUUUCAUUCUUUUUCUUCUUCUUCUUUUUUUUUUUUAAUUUAAUAAUUUAUGAAUUGUCUUACACUUGAAUAUACAGUUGAUGGGAACAGCUUUCGACUGUCAGGAGAAGAAUGAUGGGAACACCGGUGUAUUUUUAGCCCAUAUUAAACACUGCUUUAGAUCUAGAAAAUAUAUUAGCCGUCAUGGAGGAGUAGUAUGAAAAGUAUUUGUGAGAAAAGGGAUUCAAGAAAGUGUUCAUAUUUAACAACAUGGUACAAGAUUGUUUGUCUAGCAAUAUUAAGCUUUUUUUUAAUUAUUAUUAACGCUGUAACUCAUGGAGUUAAAAUUCCAGGUAAUACACCCACAGCAGGGCUUAAGCGUGCUACAUCUGUAUCAAAAACGGUAGUAGGAACUGUAUUUAUUUUUCUUCUCCGUUGAUAACAUCACAUUCAAGGAUUCUCACUGACGUUUAAGUCGCCGUGUGUGCGUAUGUGUGUUUUGAGGGUGACCUUUGAACUGGCUUUCCAGUCACAGCAGACCGUUUUGGCAUCCGGCGACCCCAUUUGUUGUGUGCGCGUCACAGCUGCUGCUGUCCAUUCUAAUCAUUACAGAUUGGCUUCUAGAGAAACUCGUAAGUGCAUACGACUGCCCAAUGAUAGAACCAGCUCGAAUAUUUUGGGACAGCUUUGUUUUAGGUGGUCCUAAUAUAACGGCCUAUGAUCGCAUUUAUGCUACAUACGCGACAAACUUUGUGAUUUCAUUGCACUAGCCUAAGAACAAACUUUUUUAAUACCUUGUUUGAAUGUAUACACGGUAUAAUAAUCAGGUGUUUCAGGUACGAACAAAAACAUGGUAUGGUCCUGAUCACGUAUUUGUUGACUCAGGUGUCUGUGUGCGGAGCGCCAUUCCCGUGGCUUGUGUAACAAUCCUGCAGAGAACUUCCCAGUGUGACUAUGCAUACCUCUGUUUUUAACCUGACCCUCUCAUCUCCAUACAAAACCCAGCCAGACACUUGAUAUGCAGAAGCUAUCUAUAAGAUAUACUUUAUCACAAUUCCUCAUGAUUAUUUAUGUUUUUCCUUCUCGCUCUGCAUGAUCAGUGAUGACGUCAAUUUUCCUGUUAGACAGCCUUGACCUUUGCUCUUAAAUUGUUAAAGCAUCGCUUGAUGCUUUUGCACUCAGUCAGUCAGUCAGUACAUACGCCUCUCUGCAAGGGUUUAUGUGCUAACGUAACACUAGAACUGCUGUACGCACCUUUGACAACACGGCUCACACCCAGCAUUUAAACCUACAAUGUCUGUGUGCAUGUGUAAACAAAGAAUGACUUUCUACACACACACACACUACACAUUCCUCCAUGUGACAUUGUUUACAGUACAUGCUGGACCCUUCAAUUAAAAUUUGUGAAAGACUGAUUAUAGAAAAAUCCUUGCUAACAAACAUCUGAAUAAGCAACUAACUCAAAUUGAAUAGUGACUACAGUUACAUUUUAAAUCAUUUCUAUUUAAUGCUUAUUGUGAAUAAAACAAUGAGUAAGAGAAGGCUAUAUGAGGAAAACACCUAACUCCACUUCUGAUAGAUAAUAUGCAUCACGGUGUGUAUAUAUAUAUAUAUAUAUAUAUAUAUAUAUAUAUAUAUAUAUAUAUAUAUCUUUUAAAAAAACGACCAUAAAAACAGUGAAGUUGUCUAAAAAAUUUAGGAAAAAGGUUUUAACUAUUGUGUACAAAAAUAAAUGACUUAAAACUGAAAAGUAAAAAAUGAGUAAAUUCUACAGUUUAUAUUUUACGAUUUUAAAAUUAAGAUUUUUUUACAAAAAAUAAAUAAAUAGAAUAAAAUUUACACCAAAAAAUGAUUACGACUAAAAAGUCUGUAAAAUUGUUAAACUUUUACCAUUUGAACCAGCAUAAAAAUAAAUGUAACGCCUAAAUCAGCUUCUUCUAAUCUGAGCUUAUUAUUAAAUCAUGUUAUAAACAGAUGAUACCUCUGCUUGUGAAAUAAUUCAUCACAUAUUGUACACAUCACACCCAGCCGUACUUCGAAGCAAGUUUUGUUUUGUAGUAGCACGUCACAUUACUAUAAUUUUGACUAACCCCAUGGAUUCCGAACAGAUGAGAUGUUGAAGUUGAUGCAGAAAGAAUGAACGUUGACUGCUUUCUUUGUUCAUCUUCCAAAAGUGAAACUGAUUUUUGUAAGCCAUGAUAUCAGCAGAUCUAUGAAAAUCUGGUGAGAUCAGGCGCUGGUGUUGGGUGAGGAGGUCUGGGGUUGAGUUCAAGGUUAUAUGGACAUUCAAGUUCUUUUACAAACCAUGCCUUUAUGGAGCUUUGUGCACAGGGGCAUUGUCGUGCAGCAACAGGUUUGGGUCUCUUAGUUCCAGUAAAGCUACAGCAGACAUUUUUGUUAUACACUUUGUGGCAACAGUUUGGGGAAGAAGCACAAAUGGGUGUCCACAUACUUUUGGUCAUGCAUGUUAUUUGAUAAACCACAGCAGAGGAUCUGCUACAGAAGCCCAGCAGGUUCAUGUUUAGAAAACUAGUCGCUAAACUACAAGGGUUUUUUAUACAUUAAUCAACUCUGCAACAGUGUUUUUCAGUCUUCUGAAGUUUUGUUGUUGUUGCUGUGUCAGUAUCAGUACCACAGCCCACAAGUUAACAACCUUGGAAUAAAGUAAACCUCCUCCUUUCAAUGAGACAAUAUCAAGUCCUAGAGGAACGAUUUGAUAUUUGGUGAUGCUGCUGAGGAUAUGAUACCAUAAGUUUUAGUAGCCUCUGAUGGACACUGGGGUAAGCCUGUUGAUGAUCUGUGAAUGAUGAUGAUGUAGAUAAAGACUGUUUUAUUUGCUCAUUCCUUUCAGUCGUGCCUUUUAUAUCCAAAUUGUUAGAUGUGCAAUAGUCUAAGAGGUGAAUUCUCACACAGUACCGUGAGGAUGAGUCGCACACGAGUCACUUGCCGUACCGAACCGAUUCCAUCUUCCUCUUACGCAUCACGUCCCUGCUGAUGAUUUUCAUUUCUCAUGGUAAAUGAGAAGGUACUGCUGUAUUAUUACUUUCAUUUUGACACAAAUGCUAACAACGUGACUUCUAAAUUAAACUCUGUCAUCAGAAAAUCUUCUCAUGGAGAUGUAGUAAUUUGUUGCAAAAUGAUUGCAUAAGAGUGUUUGCAUGCCUGUGUGUGUGUGGUGUGUGUUUAUUCUACAGAGACAGUUGGGAUUAACACAACAGGAUUACAGAAGAUGGUGGCAUUAAUCAUUUAAACCAAAUUGCUCUCAUGGUGAGAGUUAAUUUAACAGGAGGUCUUGUGACUUGGGACAGUGACGAAGCUCAGAUUAGGGUGGAUCUGGCCUCUAGUGCCCUAUAUUAGGAGCUUGGGAAUUAUCCUCUACGGCCCAAAAGCCGGCUGAGUGAAACGCAGAGCAGACCGGACACGUCAACGUGUCUAUACUCAGACGUGGAGAAAACCAACCUAUAUAAUGAAUUCAACAGGUGCAGUCAAAAAGGUUUUGGGCUAUUUGAACAAAACCGGGGUUUAAAACAUAUGCAAACUGAACAAAAAUGUCAGCGUUUUCAUUUGUUUGCUUUUUCAAAUUUGUGCCAAUUUGUCUUCCCACAGUUUGUUCUUCUUCUUCUUCUUCUUCUUCUUAUAAUAGUGACAAUAAAUAUAUGUAUAGAAAAUAAUAUCUUCUACAGAGCUGUUUACAGGGUAUAACAUUCCCUUACAAUUGUACCGUAAAUACACACAUAAAUACAUCAUGUCAUGAUAUUUGGCUAAACCUGUAAUACACUGUUUCAAUAAAGGCACUGCCUUCUUAUACACA